AUGGCCGCUCCAGCGCUGGCUGGCACAGCGACGCCCGCCGAUGCGCCUCCGAACCUGCUGCACGUCCAAUUCAAGAACCCCGAGUUCCUCACCUACCUCUCGCAGCUCCAGGCGCAGGGCCUCGUCGCUCCCGACGCUGGCAAUGCUGGCAAACCAGCCAAGUCCGAUCCGGCUCAUCCGCUGAGCGAGCACAAUGUCAUGGCCUACUUUGCCACCUCGCCGUUCUUCGAUCGACGGAGCAACAACGAGCAGAUCCGCAUGCAGAACAUCGCCAACGGCAUCCAGAACCUCACCGGUGGCAUGGGCGCACGUCAGGAGGAGCAGGAACUCAAGCGCUUCACAGGGCUCGAGUUCGUUCUGGUCCACGCAAGACCGCCGCUGUGUUUUGUCAUUCAGAAGAGGUGGAGAACCUCGCCCACUGAAACAACACCUUUGGCGGCAUACUAUAUUGUGAACGACUCGAUCUACCAGGCGCCCGACAUGUACUCGGUGCUGGCAACCCGACUCCAAUCCACAGUCUACGGCCUCCAGUCUUCGCUGUCGGCACAGCGCCGCGCGCGUCCCAGCUUCGACCCGAGACGCGGCCACCACGGCCGCUUCAUCAUCCCCGACCCGCCCACGUCGUCGGCCAACCCGGCGUCAGGCACCGCGCGCAACCACGGCACCAAGACGUCGCCCGCCGCCAGCGAGCAGUCCGACGACGACGGUGCCGAGCUCGACGAUGUCGAACUACCGCCCGCCACGUCGGGACCCGAGCCAGCGCCGCAAAAGCGCGCCCGCUUCGAUUGA